GAUUGGUUGCUCAUCUGAUGACCUGGGAGAGGAUGAUCCUAUUGGCUGGUUUGAGCUGGAAGAAGAGUGGGAUGAAGCAGAUGUCAAAUUGCAGCAGUGCAGAGUUGCCAAAUAUUUGAUGGUGAAGUUCCUCUGCACCCGUCAGGAGUCGGCAGAGCGCUUGGGAGUGCAAGGCUUGAGCAUCAGUGGGUACCUCCGGCCUGCAAGAGCAGAGGCAGAGCAAAACAUCCUCUGUGCCCACUGCAGAAAGGACACAGAGAGUGUCUGUGGGGCCACCCUGCUCCUCAGGACUCUUCAGUUCAUCCAGCAACUCGCCCAUGACCUGGUACAGCAGAAGGAAAGUGGCCUAAAAUAUAAAUCUUUUCUGGACUUUACGGGUCUUGAUUUGCAGAUCUUCUGGAAUUUUUACAGUAAACUAAAGCAAAACCCAAGGGAAGAGUGCAUAUGUGCCCAAACCUUGCUGCUGCGCCUCCUCCAGAGUUGCUUCUCAGUGCUGCAGGGAGAGGCACUGGCUGCCUCUGGGGAAGAAAAGCCUCCAACCCAGCGCCCUGAGGGAGUGGAGGCUGCCAAGGAGCUCUACAUACACUUAUGUGAUGUGGUAGAUAGGGUGGAUGGAGAUUCCAUGCCCAUGGAGAUAUUAAAACAAGAGGUCAGGAACACCCUUCUCAAUGGAGCUGCCAUCUUCUUUCCUGAUCGACAGACCCGACGGAACCAUCUCUUCACCAUGAUGAAGAAUGUCACUGAGCAAGAGCACAAGCAGUCCCUGCAGCUCACUUUCCGUUCACUAUGCACAUAUUUUAGUGAUAAGGAUCCAGGCGGCCUUCUACUUUUACCUGAGAAAAGUGACCUGGCUGACAUGAACAUCAGUGAAGUCCUGGCAGUCAUGAACACCCUCCUCUCUGUUGCUGCUCGAGAGUGUGAGCUGUUGAUGCUCAGUGGGACCCAAGGGGAGGCUGGCUCUGUGCUCCUCUCCCUCUUCUGGUCUGUCCAAGGCAGCCUGCUCUCCUGGUGCUAUCUGCAGCUAAAGGCAACUGACACAGCAGCCAAAGGCCUGGCCGUGGACCUUAUCGAAAAAUAUGUGGCACAGUUUCUGGCAAGCAUGAGAGUGAUUUUGGAAUCCCUUUUGUCACAGUAUAGUGGGAAAACCAUAGUAGAAAAAUUAUGUAAUUCAGUGUUUUCGAUGGCAGCUCGUCAACUGGUCAUCUUCCUGUUGGACUUCUGCACUUUAGACAUUUCACACUGCACACUCUUGAGAGAGUUCAGUACCCUAACAGAGCUAUUGAAGAAGCUCUGCAGUGACCCUGAAGGAGGGCCAAAUAAGCUGGAUGUAGAGACCUGGCAGCAAGAACAGCCUGUGGUUCUGCAUACAUGGACCAAAGAGUCUGCCCACAACUAUGAAAAUAACUGCCACGAGGUGUCUGUCUUUGUUAGCCCAGGGGCAACCUAUUUUGAGGUGGAAUUUGACGAAAGGUGUGAAACUGAAAAAAGAUAUGAUUACCUGGAAUUUACUGAUGCUAGAGGUGGGAAAACACGCUAUGACACAAAAGUCGGCACUUACAAAUGGCCUAAGAAAGUGACCUUUAAGGAUGGUCCUCGGCUACAGUUCCUCUUUCACUCUGACAGCAGCAACAAUGAGUGGGGCUACAAAUUCACUGUCACUGCCUAUGGCCUGCCUGAUGUUGCUGUGUCUUGGGGGUUAGAUUUACAACUCCUUGUCUCCCGACUGAUGGGACGCCUCGCCUCCCAGUGCAUGGCACUCAAGUCUACGUAUCAGUUAGGAAGUAAUAUGGUAAUACCACAGGCAAAAAUGGCUUCAGUCCUGAACUCUCCUUUGUGGAAACCUGUCUUCAGGCAUCAGAUUUGUCCAGAGUUGGAAUUAGAAGCAAGCUGGCCCACUCACCCACACCAGGAUAGGAAGGAGGUUAAGAGCAUUCCUGAUGAUCCCUGCCGCCAUUUUCUCCUUGAUUUUGCCCAGUCAGAGCCUGCUCAGAACUUCUGUGGGCCAUAUUCAGAACUUUUCAAAGGAUUCAUACAGGCAUGUAGAAAACAGGCCCCAAAGACAGAUAUAGUUGCUGGUUCCACUAUUGAUCAAGCUGUGAACGCCACCUUUGCUGCUCUGGUGUAUCGCACUCCAGACUUAUAUGAGAAGCUGCAAAAAUAUGUAAACAGCCGGGGCAAGGUAGCCCUGAGUGAAGAGUUUGCACAGGUGUAUUCUUUGGCGGAUGGGAUUCGAAUAUGGAUGUUAGAGAUGAAACAGAAGUCCCUGAUGAGCCUGGGGAGCGAGGCAGAAGAAAAACACAGUUUGGAAGCGACUGAGGCAAAUCCAGAGAGCCUGGCAAAAGAGUGUAUUCAGAAAAGUCUUCUAUUACUAAAAUUUUUGCCCAUGGCUAAAAGUUCAAAAGAAAGCAGUGACAAGGUGGUGACUGCUGAUGAAACUGAUCAUCUCCAGCCACUUGACAGGCGCCAGAGGACAAGCUCUGUGGUCGAAGAGCAUUUCCAAGCCUCAGCGUCACCCACUGAAACAGCAGCCCCAACUGUAGGAGACAAGAGUCCUGGCUUGGAGAUCCCACCAAAGUUGCCACCCAGCAGUGGCCCUCCCACUGCAGAACCUUCUACAGCUGAAGAGCCCUCAUCACCUUCCACACCUACCCGGCGGCCCCCCUUCACUCGAGGGCGACUCCGGCUGCUCUCCUUCAGAUCCAUGGAGGAGGCCAGACCAGUGCCCACAGUGAAAGAGAAAUACCCAGUUUUAAAGGAUGUCAUGGACUUCAUUAAAGAUCAGUCAAUCUCUCAUGAGAGUGUUGUAAAGGUUCUUUCCUUGAGGAAAGCCCAAGCCCAGAGCAUCCUGGAAGUCCUGAGGAUAAUUCAGUACUGUACAGAGUCUCUUGGGCAGCCUCACUGCUUCCAUCCACCAUAUAUACUUUUCCUGUUGGAACUCCUGACCUGUCAGAAAGAUUUUACCAAUUACUUUGGACACUUGGAAGGCUGUGGUGCUGAUCUACACAAAGAAAUUCGAGACACUUACUAUCAACUUGUUAUGUUUUUGGUCAAAGCAAUUAAAGGAUUUAAUAGCAUAAAUGACAGAUCCCUGCUGCCUGCCUUAUCCUGUGUUCAGACAGCCCUGCUUCAUCUGUUGGAUAUGGGCUGGGAACCCAGUGACCUUGCCUUCUUCGUUGACAUUCAGUUACCAGAUCUCCUCAUGAAAAUGUCACAGGAAAAUAUAAGUGUCCAUGACAGUGUGAUCAGCCAGUGGAGUGAAGAAGAUGAGCUUGCUGAUGCCAAGCAGAACUCAGAGUGGAUGGAUGAGUGUCAGGAUGGCAUGUUUGAGGCCUGGUAUGAAAAAAUAGCCCAGGAGGAUCCAGAGAAGCAGAGGAAAAUGCACAUGUUUAUUGCUCGCUACUGUGAUCUGCUAAAUGUGGACAUCUCUUGUGAUGGGUGUGAUGAGAUUGCUCCCUGGCAUCUCUACCGGUGUCUACAGUGCAGUGACAUGGAUCUGUGCAAAACUUACUUCCUAGGUGGAGUGAAGCCUGAGGGCCAUGGAGAUGACCAUGAAAUGGUCAACAUGGAAUUUACCUGUGACAACUGCCAGGGUUUGAUUAUAGGCCGGAGAAUGAAUUGCAAUGUGUGUGAUGACUUUGAUCUUUGCUAUGGAUGCUAUGCCGCAAAGAAAUAUUCCUAUGGCCAUUUGCCUACCCACAGCAUCACAGCCCACCCCAUGGUGACCAUUCGGAUCAGUGACCGGCAGAGGCUCAUCCAGCCUUACAUCCACAACUACUCCUGGCUGCUCUUUGCCGCCCUGGCUCUCUAUAGUGCACACCUGGCCAGCACAGAGGUUGUAGAUGGGGAGAGACUGGACCCCCAGGCCCACAGCAAUGCCAUCAUCCUGCGGAGCCAGUGCAUGCAGCUUGUCGGCGACUGUCUGAUGAAGGCUCACCAGGGGAAAGGUCUUAAAGCUCUCGCUCUUCUUGGUAUAUUGCCAGAUGGUGACUCUACGCCAGAAAACCAAUCCCUCCCACUUAGCGUACCUACCCGCACAUCAGAGGAACAGCUAGAGAAGAAAGUGGUCCAGCCUGCUGAGGAGCCGGCAGAGGCAGGCUCUUUUGUGCACUGCAAUGGAAGGAGAGCUGCAGACAAGGAAAUCAGACCUUUGGAUUACAAGCAGAGAAGUAAGGCAAAUGCAGGUAUCUUGUUCAUGAAGGAUCAUUCAGGCCAGACCCACACUCCAAAUGUACCUGCAGAUGCUCACAUACCUCCAGGACUUCCAGAUGCUGAAAAUUCAGAAGUGUCACCUCAGGAGCCAAUAGAGGAAAAGGCAGUUACUCCCAACCCUGAGCAGGUGUUCGCUGAGUGUUCCCAGAAGAGGAUUUUGGGAUUACUAGCAGCCAUGUUACCUCCCCUAAAGUCGGUUGUCAUCUCCAAUGCAGGCCACCUGAAUGAAACCUACCACCUCACCCUGGGUCUUCUUGGCCAGUUAAUCGUCCGUCUUUUACCAGCAGAGGUAGAUGCCGCAGUGAUCAAGGUUCUCUCAGCCAAACACAACCUGUUUGCUGCAGGGGACAGUGCCAUUGUGCCAGAUGGCUGGAAGACCACCCACCUACUCUUUAGCCUGGGAGCUGUAUGUCUAGACAGCCGGGUGGGCCUAGACUGGGCAUGCUCCAUGGCCGAGAUCCUGCGGUCACUCAACAGUGCCCCUCUGUGGCGAGACGUCAUUGCCACCUUCACAGACCACUGCAUCAAGCAGCUGCCUUUCCAGCUGAAGCACACCAAUAUCUUCACCCUGCUGGUGCUGGUUGGCUUCCCUCAGGUUCUUUGUGUGGGGACCCGCUGUGUUUAUAUGGAUAAUGCCAAUGAGCCCCAUAAUGUGAUCAUCUUGAAGCACUUUACUGAGAAGAACAGGGCUGUGAUUGUGGAUGUCAAAACUCGGAAAAGGAAAACAGUGAAAGACUACCAGCUGGUCCAGAAGGGAGGAGGACAAGAAUGCAGUGACUCUCAAGCCCAAUUGAGCCAAUAUUCCCAGCACUUUGCCUUUAUCGCCAGUCACCUUCUGCAAACCAGCAUGGAUAGCUAUUGUUCCGAGGCUGUAGAAGCAACUUGGAUCCUAUCCCUGGCCCUCAAAGGGAUUUGCCUGGCUUUUGUGGAAAGCAAGUUCAACGUCUCAAAGAUAAAUGAAAAUGCAGAUGGCAGCACUGACUAUGGCAUCUUCCAGAUCAACAGCCACUACUGGUGCAACAAUUAUCAGAGUCACUCAGAAAACUAUUGCCACGUGGACUGUGAAGGUUUGGCCUGGGUCCCAGGGUGGGAGGGACGAGAGAGGAGACCAGGCUGUACUCAAAGGACUUCUCUUCCUACCCACAGCCUGGGCACGUCCUUAGAGAGUUCUAAGAGUCAGGGAAUCCCUUUACUGAGCAGAGGCUUGGUUUACUGGCCCUGUUACCCAUCCAGUCAAAGGAUUCUACAGAUCCUGAAGCGCCAAAGUUGGUUGUACUUUACAUGCUUACCUCAUUCUAUCCAAAUUUCCAUGCCAGUUUUCCAUUCAAAACUGUUUGUGAUUCCCACUUUAGAAAUGAGGAAGCUGAGGACCAAAGGGAGAACUGAACCAGAGGUGAUGGGAUGCUUAUUAUCCCAAAGAAUUUUUUUUUUUUAAAGAGAGAGUGAGAGACAGACAGUAAAGAGAGAAUUUUUUUUAAUAUUUAUUUUUUAGUUAUCGGCGGGCACAACAUCUUUGGUUGUAUGUGGUGCUGAGGAUCGAACCCGGGCCGCACGCAUGCCAGGCGAGUGCGCUACCGCUUGAGCCACAUCCCCAGCCCGAGAGCAAAGAAAUUUUAUUUUGCACCAAUAAAAAUAUGGAAAAAUAAAUUAUUUGUCUACCCAUCAUGUAGCUCCUGCUUGAGAAUAUGACUUAAAAAGCAGUUUAGAUGAACUGCACUCACCAAGUUACAAACCCAUAUUAGAGGUGAGACUACACAUACCUCUAUGAAUGUUACAGGCCACUAAAAUGAUUAAUAAUGGUUCAGCUGCAUUAACAACCUUCUCCGAGAAUGUAAAUACCUCCUAAGUGUUAGCUAUUUCCUUGUGAAGAUGAAAGCUCAGGGGUUCCAUAGUCAGUGUAGCCAUGAUUGAAAACAACCAGUGGGCUGGGUGCGGGGUUCAUGCGUGUAAUCCCAGCAGCUUGGGAGGCUGAGGCAGGAGGAUCACGAUUUCAAAACCAGCCUCAGCAACUUAGCAAGGCCUUAAGCAACUCAGCAAGACGCUGUCUCAAAAGAAAAGAAUUUUUUUUAAAAAAAGGGCUAGGUGGCCUGGUGUUAUAGCUCAGUGGUAGACCACUUUCCUAGCAUGUGUGAGGCACUGGGUUUGUUUCUCAGCACCACAUAUAAGUAAAUAAAGAUUCACUGACAGCUAAAAAUAUUU